AUCAUCUCAUCCCGUUGCUGCUGCUGCCGCCCUAAUUAUUGAUGUUAUGGAGAAGAAAGCAAACGGAGGACAUACAAUUACUACAUUCUCCUUACAUACAUAUCGUUCAGCUUGAAAGCCGAAAUCAUAUUCGGCAGGUUAAUCAGACCGAAAAGGCAGAUUAAUCGAUCUUCUCUCGCGAUUGACAAAGAUUUUUUUCAUUGUCCCGUGGGGGAAAAGAAACGUACUAACUUAUGAUGAAGCGAAUAACAGGAAAGACCAAGGAAGCCACUCUGAUAGAAAUGUCUAACACGUUGGAUACUCAAAUUGAAGGAAGUGCUUUUAUCCCAUGAAUUUGGCUAGUCAGCUUACAGGCAUUGACUGACUAACCAAUGGAAUGUCUGUCAGAGUGGGUGGGGGAGAAAGAAAAAGAACAGCAAAGACAGAGAAAUAUAAUAAUGGCAGCAUUAACUCCAUCUCUGACCGAGGAACACAGCUGCCUGGUCAUCAGGAGAUUGACAAGUUUGAGCAGAACUGGGACUCUGUGUACUUCAGGGAUGGUGUACGUCGCAUCGAUUUUGUCCUGUCCUAUGUUGAUGACAAGGAUGGAGACAAGAAAGCGAAAAGAUUCUAGGAUAAAGCUCUAUAUGGAGGAAGUCAAACCUCUCAAACUGCUAGACAACCCCUACAUUAUAAACUGCAUUGACAAGGAGAGAAGAAAAGAAUUCGAAGCCAACCUGGAGAAGGCUGGUCUUGAGCUGGAGACUGAAGAUAAAUUGGAGUCUGAUGAUCAUAAGACAUAUUAUCUGAAGAUCCACGCUCCAUGGGAAGUGUUGGCCACCUAUGCUGAUGUGCUAAAGAUCAAAGUGCCCUUUAAAGAAAGUGACAUUCCCAAAGCACGAGACGUUCCGUUGGAGUGGCUCACUCAUCCUUUCCGAUUACCAGAGCACAUCAUGAGGCCAGAGCCUGACUACUUCACUGCAACCUUCGACAAGAGCAAGGUUGACUUCUUCCUCAUUGAUAAUAAGGAGACAUUUUUCCCUCCCUCCACCCGCAACAGGAUUGUGUACUACAUCCUCACCCGCUGCCCUUACUACAAGGAAGUCCGCAUGGAGAAAGAUAAGACAGGAAUUAAGCGACUGCUAAGCAACAGCACUUACACUUCAGCCUAUCCGCUCCAUGACUGUCGGUAUUGGAAGAAGGCACAGGACAUGCAGUGUGAGAGUGAGCGGUUUCACCUGUAUAAAUACUGGGCUCGAUUCCUAUGCUUCUACAAGGAGCAGCCACUCAAUCUGAUCAAGAAGUACUAUGGUGAGAAGAUUGGUAUCUACUUUGCCUGGCUGGGCUUUUACACAGAAAUGCUGUUUUUUGCUGCAGUCAUGGGGCUGAUCUGCUUUGUUUACGGUGUGCUCAGUUAUGAUGACAACAUCACAAGUAAGGAGAUCUGUGACCCAGAAGUUGGGGGGACAAUUGUAAUGUGUCCACUCUGUGAUAAAAAGUGCAGCUACUGGAAGCUCAGUUCAACUUGUCUGUCCUCUUGGCAAUCUCAUCUAUUUGAUAAUGAGGGGACUGUGUUCUUUGCCGUGUUCAUGGGCAUUUGGGUGACCCUGUUCCUGGAGUUCUGGAAGCGGCGGCAGGCCCGUCUGGAGUAUGAGUGGGAUCUUGUGGACUUUGAGGAAGAACAGCAGCAGCUCCAGAUCAGACCAGAGUUUGAGUUGAAGUGCACAGACCGCAGACUCAACCGCAUCACGCAGGAAAUGGAGCCUUAUCUUCCUUUCCCCAGCAAGUGUGCUCGAUUCUGCCUUUCUGGGGCAACUGUGCUGUUCUGGACAUUUCUGGUAGUGGCCUGUAUAAUGGGAGUAAUAGCAUACAGAUUAGCAGUUUAUGCAGCGUUUGCCAGUGUCAUGAAAGACAGCCCUACCAGUAAGAUCCAGCUGGUGGGCUCCCUUAUCACCCCUCAGCUUGCCACCUCUGUAACCGCUUCAUGCAUCAACUUCGUUAUUAUUCUCAUCCUCAACUUCCUCUAUGAGUAUGUGGCCAUUUGGAUCACUGAUAUGGAAAUCCCCAAGACCCAUUUGGAGUAUGAGAAUAAGCUGACUAUGAAGAUGUUCAUGUUCCAGUUCGUGAACUACUACUCUUCCUGUUUCUAUGUGGCCUUUUUUAAAGGGAAGUUUGUGGGUUAUCCGGGGAACUACAGUUACAUGUUUGGAAAGUGGAGCACUCUGAGAAAUGAAGAGUGUGCCCCAGGGGGUUGUCUGAUUGAGCUCACCACACAGCUCCUCAUCAUCAUGGCUGGAAAACAGAUGGUUGGGAAUGUCCAGGAGGCUCUGCUGCCACUUCUCAGAAACUGGUGGGGCAGCAGAAAAGGGCGGAGUCAUCCAGAAAGCACAUACAGUAGAUGGGAGCAGGACCACGAUCUGCAGAAUUUCAGCCAGUUUGGGCUCUUCUAUGAGUACCUUGAGAUGGUGAUUCAGUUUGGCUUCAUAACACUUUUUGUGGCCUCUUUUCCACUGGCCCCUCUUCUUGCCCUCGUUAACAACAUUCUGGAGGUAAGAGUUGAUGCUUGGAAGUUUACCACACAGUUCCAAAGGCCAGUGGCAGCAAAAGCACGCAACAUUGGCGCCUGGGAAGAGAUCCUUAAUGUGAUUGCCAUCUUGUCUGUGGUCACAAAUGCCUUCAUUGUGGCUUUCACAUCAGAUAUGAUUCCUCGCCUGGUGUAUCUGUAUGCCUACCACCCUGGCAGUGAGGCCACUAUGAGAGGUUACAUUACCAACAGCCUGUCCAUGUACAACAUCUCUCAGAUCCCUGAGGAUAAUCUCCCUGAGCCCGGAGAAAACCCCUCCUGGUUUAAUAGCACUACCAUCACAAUGUGCUGUUAUCGGGACUACAGAUACCCACCUGGCCAUGAAAAGCAAUAUUGGCACACAAUGCAGUUCUGGCACAUCUUGGCUGCUAAAAUGGCCUUCAUCAUCAUUAUGGAACACGUUGUAUUUGUGGUGAAGUUUUUUGUGGCUUGGCUGAUUCCAGACGUGCCGUCAGAAGUGAAGGCUCGUAUAAAACGGGAACGCUAUCUGGUCCAGGAAUACCUGCGCAACUAUGAAGUGGAUAAACUCAAACUGCAGCUCAGCCAGAGUUUCAGCCUGUCCACAGAAACGACCUCACUGCUGCCCUCUAGUCCAAAUAAACAUCAGGUGCUUUCUUAAUGUAUUUAAAUAUCCCCGAGGACUACUGAAUAAACUGUACUCUGCAAUGGGAUAGCAUGGAGGACUCUAAUCCUUUGGACCCCUUCAUACAUUUUAUUGCAAAAAAACUCUCUGCCCUCAUUCUGACAACUGCAAAACGAACUGCACUACCCUCAUACAAAAUUAAACUACUCUGCAACUUUUUUCUGUCUGAGCGAUCAAUACAGCUUCUUUUGUGUUUCUCUCAAUAUCUGUGCUUUACAUGAAUCUAGAGUGCACUUAUAUAAUGCUCUUUCAAAAACAAAGCUGUGCUCAGUUACUAAGCAUCAUAAUGGCGAAAGGCUUGGAGACAGACCUACAUUGUCAUUUCAGCAGCAAACCUUCUGGAAUGCAGCCUUUAACCUUGUGCCCUUUAGUUUGUCCCGGGAGAGGUUUUGCUGUGAAGGCAGCUUGUAAAUAUUUAGAUAUGAAAAUAAAAGACUUUUGAAAGCUUUUUUGGAGGCAAUAUAGGUUUUACGUCUGUCCAGCUGCUUGCUGCCAUUAUAAUAUUUUUGUUUAGAAAUAAUUUGCAUGUUUUGCCCUGUAUGUCUGACUGUGAAAGAGGCACUUGUAUGCAUGUAUUUUUCCUUCUUUUAAUUAUUAUUAUUAUUAUUAUUUUUUGUGAGGGUGUUUAAGGUUUAGCGAUUAUUCUUUUAUACUUUUAUAUUAUUCUGUUAUACAGAAACUGAGUCAAGAGAGACAUGUCUGCUUGCUCAUCUAACUAUACUGUACCACCAUACAUCAAACUGAGUCUUUGUACUGUGCCAAAGAAUAUCAAAUAAUAUUGAUUAUUUUAUCAUUUUAUUUUCUAACAUAAUGACUUAUUUUUUUAAAUGAGGAUGCGAUGAAACAAUGCUGUUCCUUGUGUAAAGUUUGCCAAUUACACAUUUUGUUCAGUGUAAAAUUAAUUAAUAUGAGGGUUUGUAAUAAUAUUUAUUUUAGGAGGUAUUUAUUGCUGCAGACUAAUCAUAUAGCUCAUUUGUUAUCUGGUCAGAAUUCAGCAAGGAAGGCUUGAACUAUUUUCACAAGAUUAAAGGGAUAGUUCAGCCAAAAAUGUCAAUUAUCAAUUAGUUACCCUCAUUCCAUCUCAGAUGAUUUUCUUUCUUCAGCAGAACACAAACAAAGAUUUUUAGAAGAAUAUCUCAACUCUGUAGGUCUUUAAAAUGUUGGUCCUAUCUCCUUUUUUAUUAUAAAUCUCCACUUUCACUUUCAGUCUUUCACAUUUUGAAAGUGAAAGUGGAGAUUUAUAGUAAAAAAAGGACUUCAAUAUUGAUCUGUUUCUCACCCACACUUAUCAUAUCUCUUCAGAAGACAUGGAUUAAAAUACUGGAGCCAUAUGGAUUACUUUUAUGCUGACUUUGUGAUUUAUGGAGCUAUAAAAGCCUGGUCAUCAUUCACUAUGCUUUGUAUGAACCUACAGAGCUGAAAUAUUCUUCGAAAAAUUCUUUGUGUUCAGCAGAAGAAAGAAAGUCAUACACAUCUGGGAUGGCAUGAUGGUGAGUAAAUGAUGAGAAUUUUCAUUUUUGAGUGAACUAUCCCUUUAAACUCUAAGGACUUUUUUUCUGAUACAAUUUCUGAAAGUAAAGCUAUCAUACAUCACCUCAAUCUGUCAAGGUUUGUACAAAUUGUAUAUCUGUAUAAUUACUGAAUAACUGAAAGAUUAAUUUAAUCUAAACUCUAAUAUUUAAUCAUGACUAGGCACACUGUACUCUUAAAAUAUUUUACGUUUUGUUCAAUUACAAAUUAUUAUAGUGAAAGAGGCUUUCAGAGAUAAAUAUGAGGUUAAAUUGUUUUACAGCUUCCAUGUUACCAUAGUAAUUGAGUUUUGAGGUGCAAAAUGAAGAUCUGGUAAGAAAACUAGAACCAAAGGAAUUGGUUUAUACACCAAUGUAAUGAUUAGAUAACAAAAUAAAAGGAAUAAUGAUUAAUUUUUACGAGAUCACUUGAGUUGGUUUAGUUGUUGUUUUACCUGCAAAAAACAUAAAACUAAUUCUUAGCAUCACAUUUUUAAACAGAUGCACUAAAGAAGUCAAGAAAGCUUACUUUGCUCUGCACGUCUGUUAUAUCACUGACAUGAUGCAAAGAUUCUAAACUACUCCCAACUUUUUAGAUCUGUUUGUUUUGUAUAUGUUGAGGAACACUAUUUACACUAUUAAGUGUCAGCCAUAUACUCUGCAGGGACUCUACUGGUUUAAAACAAGAAAGCAUGUUAUUAUGUCCUCAGAGUAGUGUAAACACUUGGGCUUGUCUAUGUUUUCAACAUGUUUAAUUUAUCACUUGAACCACAUUUGUUAAUGGCAAAUACAUGCUGUUACUUUUAUAUGCCAUAUCAGUUAAUUUAACUCUUUAUUUCAACAUACUUCACCUAUAAUACAUUAUGUGUAAUGGAAAUUAUACUGUCAGAUUAUUUAUGCUGUAAUUUACUAGAUCUUUUAUGAAUAAUUCAAAAUACAUUUUACAGAAUUAUUUUGAAUAUUGUGUGUUGAUUUACUCAUAAGUAUAAAGUUUUAUGUUAAAAACAAAAACAUACAUCAAAUCUGUAUACCCUUAAAUGUUUUUCUCAGGCUAGAAAAUCUUUAAUGAAUGUGACAGGGACAUUAUAAAAAAUUGCAAAAUAUUAUGCAUUUAAGUUUUGGAUGUUCCUAUGUACAGAUGGGACCAUGACACCCAUGCCUUUGCCUUACAACAAUAUGAUGCUCAUGUAUGUGUAUAGGCCUUUUUGUUGUCUGGUAGUCUUUUUUUUUUAUGUUGCCUACAAAUGUGUACAGUAAGAGUUGCAUGAGUUGUUGUGCAAAUGGAGGUUCGUUAAUAAUAAUAAAUUCUUGUUUGCAUUUCAACGAGGAGAAUGUGCCAAAAUAAAGCAUCAUCACAAUGAA